GCGAGGUUAGUAUAAAAUCAACUUUCGCUGUAUUUCUUUAUCAGUCAUACAAAGCAACGUAUUAUACUUGCUCAGGCGCUGAAAGAAAUUACUUUUUAUUGAAAAUGCAUAUCUUUGUCGCGAUUGCCUGCUUUGUUGGUGCAGCCGUCGCUGCUCCAAGCGGAGGAUAUGAAGUAGCGGCAGUUGACAGCUACUCCAUACCUCGCUAUGAAUUCAACUAUGCUGUCAAUGAUCCACAUACUGGAGACAACAAGAAACAAUCAGAGGUUCGCGAUGGCGACGUCGUUAAGGGUUCUUAUUCUCUCACCGAGCCCGACGGCACCUUGAGAGUAGUCGACUACAGUGCAGAUUCCGUAAGAGGUUUUAACGCAGUCGUCAAGCGUGUUGGAAAUGCAAUCCAUCCACAGACCAUACAAGCCCCAGUGAUUAGUAAACAAUACAUCCAACCAGUUUACGAACAAAUCGCUCCUAUCGCAGCACCCAUCUAUGGUAAGGCUAUCUCUUACUCAUCGAACAUUCUCAAUCUUGGAGGCUUAAAUAAAGGUUGGGAAUUAAAUAACGGAUUGGGACUCAGUGGAUUGGGACUCAGUGGAUUGGGAAUCAGUGGAUUGGGACUCAAUGGAUAUGAACUCAAAAACGGAUUGGGACUCGAUAACGGAUUGGGACUAACUAACAGCUGGGGACUAGAUAGCGGUUUGGGAUUGAAAGAAUCCUAUAACCUCGGUCUUGGUUAUGGAGGAUGGAAACAUUGAUUACUUUGUCUCUUAAGUUAUAAAAGUUAAGCUAUGGUCUUUCAGCGUCCGUAUUUGUGAUUAACAUGGUUUUAAAACUUGUAAUUGAAGAAAUAAAAACAUGUACAAUCUC